ACCCGUGCGAGGAAGCCGAGCGAGCGCUGCUACACUCUCCGAGCAGGCGCGGGUCGUAUGUGAGGUGUUGCGAAAGGAAACUUUUGUGUUUACCUGUUGGUGAUGCGAAUAUUCUUCGCGACCUGAAUUUCUUCUCGAUAAGUGACACACUCGGACGUGCCUGUAGACCAUCAGUUUGCAAUCAGUUGCUAAAGAUAUUUAAAGAAAGACCUAACUUGUGCGAGCGGCGCCGAGGCCCAACCCAGCGCAAUGUCUCCCAUAGAACAAGAGAAGGACGGCGCCCAGCAUGUCGCCUUCCAACUGAAGGAGAUGCCCGAAGGCUCAGCCGAGGAUGGCAUCGCCUCCUGCCCUUCCGGAGACCCUGCGGAGACCGAGGACGACGAAGAGAGGGACAAGCUGCCGUUCCUCAACCACACCAGGUACUCCACCGUCUCCGCCCCGGGCAUGCCGACGAUCACCUCCAAGUCGUCCUUCGCGGGCCUCGUGUCCAAAGCCUCCUUCAGCGGUCUCAGUUCCAGGCCCUCGAUGGUGUCCCUCCGCUCCACCAUCUCGAGGGUCAACA